AUGAGUGAAACACAGAGGCACCUUGAUCUCUCUCGUACGCGCGAACAGCACCAAAAUUCUACGGAUGGACCGGAGAACUAUGAUAUACUAAACGAAAUUGGACAUGGCUCUUCUUCCGUCGUCUAUCUAGCCACAUGUAAACGCGGUAGACUGCGUAACCGCCAAGUUGCACUCAAAAAAGUCUCCCGUAACAUUGGAUCGAACAUGUCCUCCACUCCAGAUGCUCCCUAUAGCGCACCGCUGCAUCAGAGUCUACACCACCCGGCCAUUGUUUCACUCUUUUCUACCUUUUCUACGUCGCUCGCAUACUAUUAUAUUCUCGAGCUUUGCCCUCGUGGGACUCUAUGCGACUAUCUGCGUUCACGUAACCCGGUUGGUCUCGAAGAGAGCGAGCUUCGGAUGGUGCUUAAAACUUUGGUCAGCGCACUGGUGUACCUACGUAAAGAACUCGUUGUGCAUAGGGAUCUCAAAGCUGCGAACAUACUUUUGACAGAAGAUUACCAAGUCAAGCUAGCAGAUUUUGGACUCGCGGCUCGUCUUUUAACGAAAACUUCAACCAUCUCUACUUUUUGUGGCUCGCCCAAUCAUGUCUCGCCCGAAAUCUUAUCUCGAUUACCCUACAGUUUCUCCAGUGACUUGUGGUCCUUAGGUUGUUUAAUUAUUACUUGUUUAUGUGGAACACCUCCUUUUGAAGCUAACACUGUUCCAGAAAUUUUUGGCAAUGUAUUACGUGGAGAAUACACUGUGCCUCAAAAGACAUCGUUUGAACUGAGAGAUCUCGUGGCAAGCCUUCUACAGCUCGAUCCAGUAGAUCGAAUACCUCUGCACCGAAUAUUGUCUCAUCCAUUCUUCAAUCCUGCGUACCCAUCUCAACUGCUCUUUCCGGUAAAUCUUCUGAAGAAGGAGGAUCCUGUUGUGCACGAACCAUACAAAAUUAACGAUCAAAUGAGUGAAUAUCACCAAAAGACAGUCCAGACGACCGCGAUUAGGCCCAACCUUUCCUUACCAUCGAGGAAACCUCUGGGCGACAUAGGAAAUGGGGACCUACGUCGAUUGCUGCGUCAAGAAGCUUCAUCCUUCCAAGUAAGAGAUAACAAGCCCUUCGGCUCAGGUGAAACAAACCUAUCAAAGCGUAUCGUAUCUGAUCCUCUCCCUCGUCGGAUUACGUCCCUUGCGGCAGAGCUCUCCACAUUGCCAAGAAAAGGAACUGGUACAAGCGCCAUUCCUGAGUUGACAGCAGAUACCUCUCCAUCACUUUCCUCUGCCUGCUCUCAUGCACUUUUAUAUCCUCCUGAGACCAAAGCCAAGAACUGCGCUAAAAAAGGAUCAGAUUCUAACUAUGAGGCCGAUAUCGUCGUCCGACACCGGAGAAAUUCAGCAUCUUCCUCACCUGGAUUCGACUAUAGGGUAGCAAAAGCAAUGAAACAGGACUUGAUAAUACCCAAAGACUCCGAGGAACGAGCAGAUUCCGCAGCAACCCCGAUAGGCACGAUGCGUCCUAUUGCAUUCACAACGUCGACACUCGCUCCACAGACACAUAAGACUGUACAUGGGCAGGUGACCAUUCUCCCUUCCCGCGCUGUUCUUGUGGACUUCCGCGAGGGAGAACGAAGGAGGGGGCAUAUAGGAGACGAGGUGAUGAUCCUACAUGCUGAAAGGGGCCAGGUUGACAUAUAUAGCGCCCCCCACCUGAGUACGCCAUGUUGUCUUGCUGAGCCCAUUUCGAUUUUUGCUAUACAAGAGUUACCAAAAAAAUACUGGAAACAAUACAACGAUGCGCAACGUGUAGUUGAACAGGUGAAGCAGAAGACGCCAAAGCUUGUCUUGUACGAAACGGACACGAAAUGCACAUUGAUGAGCAACGGACCAAUAGGUGACAUUGAACUUGUGUACAAGACACAAGUGCCUCCUAAUAGCAAGCACGAAUCACGAAACGGGACUUCGAAGAACAGGAAAAAGGUUAUUUCGAUGCCUUACAUGCGUAUUAGACUAUCGCGCCAGUACCAGACUCUCGAAAUAGCAUCGUACAGCUCGGGAAGUCAUCCGGAUACGAUGCAAGAGGGUGAAUGGACAAAGAAGACGUUCACCUAUCGUGAAGGAGGAACUAUUAUGAGCGAUGUAGACCGGGCGUCCCUGGGAGCGAAGGAGAGGGAAGGUAUCAACAUGCUGAUGGAAUUUCUGCACGUAUGUUUGGGACUUGAAACGAUGACCAAAAAGGGCAGUCCAGUCAGGGAGAUACCUGCAGUGCGAGCGGGUUUAUCUAAGAUAGGCACACGGGAUACUGAAGAUGAUGGCCCCCUCCGUAAAUUCCAUGUUCCUGAUUCCAAGCACAAAAUACCGAAGAACGGAAAAGAAAAUUACAGCUACGGCGUGAAACCUAAUUCAUCCACCUCCACAUCAACUAUGGGGAAGGCGUUAGCGUCGAUUAGUUUAGCCCCACGUCCUGCUAAGUUAUCAUCAGGCACACUCUCAUGUCCCAGUGUGCCAUCACAGACAUUACACCAGGAUAGAGGGGAUUUCGCUACUUCGCAACACACAGCAAGUAGUGGAUCUACCAAAGCGCAUUCAAAUAUUCCAAGUUCUAUGCAAGAAGAGCCAAAACUCACAAACACUUAUCCAGCCGGCAUAAUUCAAACUCGAUUCAUCCCCUUGGUCGGAUGGUGCAUACGUUAUGGCUCGAGAGUGUCGCAGGGUGGCCGUUACCGCGUAAUGUUUAUCGAUGGGGCUGUAAUGGACGUUGACGCUGAUGAGGAACACAUCGAGUUUACUAGUCAGACGGGAAGAUCGACGCGGUAUGCUGUUCGCGAAUGUGCGACAGACAAUUUGAUGAGGGAACGAUUCGAGGUAUUCGAGGAGUUUGUGUCGUUAUUCGAUGAUUCGCAACAUGAAAACAUAGUGUAG